UUGUUUCUUUCUUCGUAUUCGUCUUCUUUUUUUACGUUGAUUUUCCUACCUGAUUAUAGCAGCUCUAAAAUACAGACUGCCAUUGAAACAAACAAAAAAAGAUGACGCAGCUUUACGUGGAUGAUGACCAUUUAUGUCUAAAAAUUGUUUUCUCUCUUUGUGAAACAUCUGCUCAUUUUCAUUUCGCUUUGUUUUGUUUGUUAUUGGAUUCUUGGAUUCUUUUAAAUCAACCGAUCAUGGCUCCGAUUUAUCAAGCUUUAGUUUUAAUCCUAAUGGCUUUAAUAAUCGAAAUAAGUAAUGGUGAUUUAAUGCGUAAAUCAAUUGUAUUUGAUUCAAAAACACCAAAAGUAUUUUAUUGUCCACAAGAAAAACCAAUCGAUAUGAAUAAAAUGAUUGUUAAAGCAAUACCAUUAGAACGUCUUUGUGAAUAUGAAGGACAGAAAAAUAUACCGAAAAAUGCCCGUUCAGAUUGUUAUAAUGAUGUUGAUGAAUCGGAAUAUGCAUGUGCUGAAAAACAACGUAUCGAAUUACGUAUUAAUCCACCGAUUGAUUCAAUGGAAGAAACAUCAACCAUUAUACCGACACCUGAUGCACCUGAACAUAUUAAACAAAAUCAACGUGAACAAUUAAUGAAAAAGAAAAAAAGUUCAACAAAAUUUAAUGGAAAAAAAUUAUAAAAACAAUCCAUAAUCAACAAUCCAUAAUCAACACUAAUAAUAUGGCAGCUACCUUUGUUUUUAUUAUUAUUUUUUCUAUUUUUAAAAAUUUGGAAAUUGAAAUAAAGUUUUGAAUGAAAAA